CGCUCGAGCCGGAGACCCCCGGGUGACCCGGUUGGGAGCUGCUGGCUGGAGUGCGCCCCCGCGUCCGCCGCCAUGGCCUGGACCAGGUACCAGCUGUUCCUGGCCGGGCUCAUGCUCGUCACCGGCUCCAUCAACACGCUCUCAGCAAAGUGGGCGGACAACUUCACGGCCAAGGGCUGUGGAGGGAGCAAGGAGCACAGCUUCCAGCAUCCCUUCCUCCAGGCUGUGGGCAUGUUCCUGGGAGAGUUCUCCUGCCUGGCUGCCUUCUACCUCCUCCGGUGCAGAGCCACAGGGCAGUCAGACUCCAACAUGGACCCCCAGCAGCCCUUCAACCCACUUCUUUUCCUGCCCCCAGCCCUCUGUGACAUGACAGGGACAAGCCUUAUGUAUGUGGCCCUGAACAUGACCAGUGCGUCCAGUUUCCAGAUGCUGCGGGGUGCAGUGAUCAUAUUCACAGGCCUGUUCUCAGUGGCCUUCCUGGGCCGGAGGUUGGUGCUGAGCCAGUGGCUGGGCAUCCUGGCUACCAUUGCAGGGCUGGUAGUAGUGGGCCUGGCCGACCUCCUGAGCAAGCACGAUGAUCAGCACAAGCUCAGCGAAGUGAUCACAGGGGACCUUUUGAUCAUCAUGGCCCAGAUCAUCGUUGCCAUCCAAAUGGUGUUAGAAGAGAAGUUCGUCUACAAACACAAUGUGCAUCCACUACGGGCAGUUGGCACUGAAGGCCUCUUUGGCUUCGUGAUCCUCUCCCUUCUGCUGGUGCCCAUGUACUACAUCCCUGCCGGCUCCUUCAGUGGGAAUCCUCGAGGGACACUGGAGGACGCGCUGGACGCCUUCUGCCAGGUGGGCUGGCAGCCGCUUAUCGCCCUGGCGCUGCUGGGCAACAUCAGCAGCAUCGCCUUCUUCAACUUUGCGGGCAUCAGCGUCACCAAGGAACUGAGCGCCACUACCCGCAUGGUGCUGGACAGCUUGCGUACCGUAGUCAUCUGGGCACUGAGCCUGGCGCUGGGCUGGGAGGCCUUCCACCCACUGCAGAUCCUGGGCUUCCUCGUCCUCCUGAUGGGUACCGCCCUGUACAACGGGCUGCACCGCCCACUGCUGACCUGCCUGUCCAGGCGACAGUCCCCAGGAGAGGAGGGCGAACGCCAGGGACUGCUGAGUGGCUCCCGGACUCCCAUCAACGAUACCAGCUGAGCCUCCCUUGGGGCCUCUGCUGCCACCCGGGUGCUCCUUCUCCACCCCUGGGCUGAGCCCACACAGGCUGGUGGGUCUUGAGUGCCCUGUCCUCUCCCUACAGACUCCCAGGGCAGCUGCUGCCACAGAAGAUGACAUGACACCCAAGUCCUCUUUCCUCACCACCACCUGCAGGGUGGUGUUGCCCAGCCCCCACAGGCCUGAGUGUAGUGUAGUGACCCAACCCUCUGAUCCCCUCCUGCAACACUAGAGCUAAAUCAUGAAGUUGAAUUGCAGAAAUUUACAACCCUAGCAUUUCUGAAUCAUAAACUAGAUCAUCACAAUAGAUUAUCUGGCUUAUGAGUCAUAUGCUAGAUUUGGUUCUCCAAAGAAGGGAAGCAGUGAGCAAGUUCAAACCAGAACUAAUCACUGUAUUUUCUAAAACUUGUAAGAUAUUCCCUGACCCUGUCUGGAAACCUGGGUUUCAGCCCAGACUCUGCCAUACACUCAAUGUAUGCUCCCCAGCACAUUACCUAGUCACUCUGGGCCUUGAUGCAGUGCUCUGGAAAGUAGGUGUCGCUGCCAUGGCCUUUGGUGCCUUCUGGCCCCAGCAUCCUGUGGUCCUGUGAUUUUUGACCAACCCGAGGAAAGAGGAAUAGCCCAUUUAUUGGAAAUGCCCCUCCUCCCCAUGCCUGUUUGUAGUGCCUUGGUCACACCCCCCCCAAGGCCUCCCUGCCUGGGAGAGAUUCCAAGGGGAAUUCUAGGCAGUCCUUGAUAAUUGCUUUAUGAACUCUUUACCUUCUAUUUUAAAGAUGAGGAAACUGAGGCCCAGAGGGCCUCAGUUUUAUAAAUUGUUUGUCGAGAGGGGUCUCCAGCUGUCAGCUCUGGCCAAGGACAUGGGGGAGCCCCAGGCCACGCAGCUACCUGAUUCUGCAGCACAAGAUGUUGCCUGGGGGUAGUCUAGAAUGUUGGGAUGGAAAAGCUCUAAUGUACCAAAAGCACAGAAAUUGCCUAGUCCUCAUUCAUUGUUCAAAUGGAGAAGCUAAAGCCCAGAGAGGAGCUUCCCCAGGGUCACACAGCCAGUUACAGGCAAAGCUGGAUUUUCUAGUUCUCAGUCCUCACCCAUCCCAUUCUGCCACAGACAGUGUAGCGAAGUUCAGGACUGCUCACCUGCUAUGGGCUGCCCCACCUGUGUGCUAAACUGUGCAAACCGUCUAAGAGGGCAUUAGGAAAGCAUUUGACCCUUAUUUGAGUGCUGCCUUGGGGGACUGUUGAUUUUGGUGUUUGAAGGGUUGGGGGGAAUUAUAAUGGGAGUUAGGUGGUGAGGGGUGGCAGAGCAUGGGAAGGGGGAUGCCCCAUCAGACCUGCCACCAACUCAGGCCAAUCACUUUACCUCUGGGAGCUUUGGGUCUUCACAUCUCUACAAUGGGAAAACCAGCCUCCGUCUCACAGAGUAGGCGUGAGAAUUAUAUAACAUGAUAGAUAUGAAGGUGCUUGUAAACUGCCUAUGCACUGUGGAGUGUCUGUAAGGCUGUGCUGUCUACCAGGGGUAGGACUGCAGUCCCAGCUAAGGCACGGCUCAAAGCAUCAGUUUUGCUCAAAGGAGGAGAAAUGAAAUGUGUUGUUAAAACACAGCACCAUGGAGUAAAAUGUACAGUUCACGUUGAUUAUGUAACUGAACUGGGGUUCAUUUGCCCACUGUGCAGUAAACGCUGAGACACGGGUUUUGCAGAAGAGAAAAGCUUUAUUGCCAGCUGCCAACUAUGGAGACAGAAGAAAUCUUUCUCAAAUCUGCCUCCCCAGUGGCAAGUGAAGGGAUAUUUAUGGGAGAUUGGUGAGGGGUGGUGUAGGGCGUGGGGGAUGAUUAGAAGUUUUGAGGAAGUCCUUUAUCAUCCGCACAGGCCCAAGCAAGCUCCGUGCCUGCCUCUUCACCAGUCACAUAUGCAGAAAAGGUGGUGGUAGCAUGAUCAUGGGAGGAGUUUUUGGUCCUCUGAUGUCAGAAGUUCACCUACUCCUCACUGGUGCAGGCACAGUCUCCAGGUGAGGGGGGUAGAGCUGGUUACAGCCAGUUUUGUCUGCUCCAAAUGGAGGUCUCUUCACUUCCUGAGAAAACAACCUUAAGACUGAGUCAUGCUUAAGUUGGGGGAGGUUAACUCUUCGGGGGUUGGUUUCAAUUAUAAAUCAAAACAGGAUACCUGGAGAAACUUCUGUGUUGACAGUAGAUAUCCUCCCAGGCCCCUUGAGAUGGGUGUUCUUUGGAGAGUAUUGGAGAGGCCUUUGCUGUGUAGUCUUGGUCAUGUCUGAGGUAGGGAAGGAUUUCCACUUUCUUUCUGAGUCUGCAGGGUUGUGGGAGAUGUCUUAGCUGUGGCCUCCCAUUCUAAGUAAGGGAGCCCUGAUGGGUGGAAGUUUGGCCUACAUGAUAUUAGAACUGACAUAACAGACUUCUAAAGUACAGUCUAAUUUAAACAGUCUGCAUUUUAGUGAACUGAUCAGUGCCUGCCCCACCGAGAGCAAGCCUGGGGGAUCCCCGGGGCUGAGUUAGUCCUCAGGCACCUGUCCUGCCGGGAAUUUGCCCUCAAGGUAGAGAUUUAGGGCUUUGCCAAGUGGUCCUUCUUACUUUCAUUUUGUCCUAAGGUCUCUGUGUAGUUUAACAAGCAAACAGCACCCAAUGAGGCCAGAGCUCUGACCACUGAUGAGGACCAUAGGAGGAGUGGGGCCAAUAGCCACCUAGUGUUCUCAGCUCUGCCGCUACCUUGACUGGGUGACCUUGGACAAGUCACGUUACCUCUCAGGACCUUGGCUGCCUAUAAAAGGGAGAGAUUCUUCCCAUUGCUAUAUGUGUUCACCUCUCUGACCUGCUUGUAGAUUGUUAUUCUUUUGUUAUUGCCUUGGUUAAGUGCCUCUCUGGCGGUUUGUUGACUGCAUCCUUUCAAAACCCGAGGUCAGCAGGGUGUUCCCUGUGUAGCCGUACAAGUUUGUAAAUCGCCCUUCUCCAUUAAGAACAUAUGUCAAAAAAAAUUUUGUUAAGGGAUUGCUAUCCAGCAACUGAUAUGCUCCAAUACAUACAAUUGAAUAAAACAGAAUAGUAAGGAAAUAAUUCCAGUGCGGCAUGAUAUGCAAUAAGAGUCCUGUGUGUGAGUUACAGGGAGGCAGCACAGGAGAGAGCUGACUGCACAGAGGCAUCAGAGAAAGCUACACUUGAGCUGGGUAUUGAAGGAUUAGCAGGAGUCUUCCAGACUGGGAAAGAGGAAGAAACAGUUUAUAAAAACCACAGAAGCAUGUGAAUGUGUAACAAGGUGAUGUGUUCUAAACUGCGGGUUGGUAGACUGCUAUGACUGGCAAUAAGCCUGCAACCCAGAAAGUGGCAAGAGGCAAAGCCAGGGAGAUGGGCAAGAGCCAGGUGGUGCCGUACCUCAUAGACCUUGCCAGGGUAUUAGAACUUUAUCCUGUAGACAGUAGAGUGCAUGGAGAGUUUUAGGCAAGGGAGUGACAUGGUCCAAACUAUUUAGAAAGCCCCCAAUUGUUAUGUGAAGACAGGUCUGGUUAGCAUGAGGAGGUACUAAAGGCAGAGACCCGUUAAACAACCUUUGAUUAGGGUCUGAACUAGAGACAUGAUGGAGAGAAUGAAUAUAAGAGCCUUUCAAGGAGUAGACUCUUGCCUUUUAGAACCUUUAGCUGUGGGAUCUUCUAAUGUGUCAGUCUCCACCAAAGAUUGGAUGUUUUGGACAAGAAUGCUCACCCGCCCCUCUGUUGCCAGUGGGCCCAGUGAGUUUCCCCAAGCUCAGCUUCAGCUUUUGCCUUGGUUAAGUGCCUCUCUGGCUUUUUGUUGACUACACCCAGAUUCUGCCUUAGACAGGACCGUAGGCCCAGUUCCAUUCGUCUGCCUGUUGUUGAGAGGUAGUCAUUUCCCUCCCAAGCUAAGCAGAGACUGCCACCAGAAUUCUAGAACCUAGGGGGAUGUCACCACAGGCAUCACAAAAACACCCAAAAGUCAUCAGUACAGUGUUAGUCUACUUUUAUUUAUAAUAUAAAUGUCAAGAGAGGAAAGAGCCACAGAAAUCAAGAUACAGGGUAUUGUACUGGGGUGCUGAUCCCCAAUCCAAGGUAGAGACUUGGGUUAGACCAUUUGAAUUCUGUGGCAGCUUGACACAGAGGAAAAAGUUCUUGCUGUGUAUCCAGAGCCCUGGAUCUGGCUGAACUGGUGGUUUAAGUCCCUCCCCGUCCCAGGUACAGUCUCCUCAUCCCAUGGAUAAAGGAGAUGGACCAGAUAUCUUUGCAGAGGUCUCCAGGAAUCUGUGGUCUGUCUUUACUAAUGGUCUAGAGACCCUUCCAUAGCUGGUCAGCAAGAGAUCCCAGGGAGAAUGGGUGGGGCUCAUGAUCAACCUUAAUACCCAAAGAAAAUGAGGCCAUUUUGGCUGAGUUCACUCAUGGCAAUCCAGUCACUUCCUGCAGUUCUGGAAGAGUGAGACCUGGCAGGAUGCCAGCCCCCAGCCCACCCUGAGUAGGUGCUGUAGGUACAGGCCCAGGACUGCUUCUCCAGGCCUCUCCAGAAACCAGAACUCGCUCUCCCCCUUGGGCCAGCCUCUUGCUCUCCCAGAAGUGCCAAGUCCUGCUCUCAGGAGAAGGUCCUGGUGCUCCUUUAGAUGCUGGAUUUGGUCACCUCACAACUAGGUAACUUACCUCUUUCCUAGUUAGUUUUCUCCCUGGGAUCAGUCCAAAUGUUCAUCUAGUUUAGAAAAUAAAUUAAGAUUAGGACUAUUAGGGGGUUAAAAAAGAAAAAAGCCUUUUCUCUGCAUUUUCUGCUGCUCUCUUUGGUCUGAUCUGCUCCCACAGCCACUAAAAUAGUCUUCCCAGGCCCUGUGCCCUGAGAUCCUUCAGUUCCCUCUCCACCAAGAGGCCACUUUAGCACCCCUGUGUUCCUGGCCACCUCCCCAGGAGAGACCAGGAGCUAUCAGGGCACAGUCUUUGCUCCCGACACUGGGAGGCCACCAGUCUUGGGCUCCUUUAUUAGACUAACAGAAGCUUCUUGUCCUCCCAUAUCAACUAGUUUCCAUCUCACCCUGCCCCCAGAUCUUGGUGGGGGGACUGUCUGUCUUCUCUUCAUUAAGUCACUCUUCACUUCCUCUCCUGCUUUAGCAAUGAAUUACAUUUGAUCAGAGAGCUAUAUGAUAAUUCCAGAGUUACCAGGACCCCUGGGAAACUGUUUUAUAAAUGGGAAAUUGAUUCAGGAAAAAACAAAAAAAAAAGAUAAGGAUAAAAGAUCACUUUAACAGAGAGACAUGUCCAAAGUAGUAUUCUCCAGGCACUGGUUCUGAGCUACGUGACACACAAUAUGUUUGUAAACAUUUGGGUUUGUCCAAGAGAAACUGAGUUCACUUGUGAGGUUGGUUGGGACACAGAGAGCAAACUACUAAGGGCAUGUGAGGACAGGAUGGUAGCCAGUGAGGGUGAGGAGGAGCCUGAGUAAGUGCUAACAGGGCACCCAAACAGAAACCUAGAUGUUUUUUGUGGGGGGUGUGCGGGGUCUGAACCCUUGCCCUUGGUGUUAUAAGGCUGUGCUCUAACCAGCCAGCCCUCAAAUGAUUUUUAAUGGAAGGACAGGCGGUGGCAAUUGGUAUGUGACUCCAAAUCCCACAGCAACAAGUGGGGCCCAUUCUGAGGCAUCUGAGUUGUUCCUAGUUCUCCGGGCAUUUAUAAACAAUCACUCAUGCAUUCAACUUCCACUGGCACCCCAGACUGCCUUGUGUGUGCUGCAUCUAGGCUCUCUGACCUCAGCUGAUGAAAAACAUUUCCACUGUCACCCAGUGGGGGCUUCUGCCACCUAAACCUUUAAUUUUGGCAUUAUCUAGAUACUUUAAUGCAUUUUACCUUAAUUUAUUUAUUUAAUAAAAGUGAGUAUAAGAUGGAAA